AUGUCGCAGAACACGGGAAAAUCAAUACGCGAAAGGCGAUACACCUCCAGAGCUUGUCUAGCAUGCCGGAAACGCAAGGUUAAGUGCAACAAUGACAGACCUCGCUGUUCAAACUGUCAGCUUUACAACGUGGACUGCGUCCUUGGUGAGGACCGUCGACGAUUGUCUAUGCCCGCCCGCCUCAGUACCAACCUUGCUUCCAAGCCGUCACCGAAUAACAGUAGCAAUGCCACGGAUGAAACUCUGCAGGCUGCAGUGUUGUUACCAUCCGACGAGCCCAACUCAGAACCCGACACGCAAUUUUUGGGUCACUUCAAUCUCGAUAACGGCCCACUCGAGGACCAGGAAGCCGCACUUUUCUUCAACAAUCCUCCCCUAACCUCCCUUGAGCUGACACAGGACUGGGAGUAUUGGUUAGAUGUUGGUGACAACGAUGAUAUCUUCAACCCUCCUGACAUCGAUAAAAACCAGACGGUACCUUAUUUCAAUCUAUCAGCACUUAACCCUACUCAAGACCCCUUGGUUCCAAAUUUCAAUGGAGAUAAUGCGACGCCGGGUACAUUACCAGCAAGCCUCGAUGCUGUCCCGAAGAUCUUGAAUGAACAGCAACAUUCGUCUGCAGAGAGUUUAGAAGAGCUGAACUCCAAAAUCCCUAAAGUUCGAUCACUCCAUAUUGCCAAUGAAAGACCACUUGUGCUGGAUGAUGUGGCGAGGCAAAUCACCACCCGGCUGGGUCGACUCCAGAUUGCGGAAGAUGGCCAACCGCGUUAUUAUGGCGCGACAAGCAAUUUACACUUGUUACACAGCGGAACUCGAUCACUUAUUCAGCCCAACAUACGAAACAUCGCUACACAUGGUGAUGCCGCCAUUGCUCAGGCUGGCCUGCAGUGGAAAGAGGAUCCGACAUAUGAGAACCUUCUCAUCCGUCUCUUCUUCUCAUGGCACAAUGCCUUGAUGUAUGUCGUAGACAGGGCAACCUUUCUCAGGGAACGCCAGCGGUUCUAUUCGGGACAAAGCACCGACCAUUAUUCACCUACACUAGAGAAUGCGGUCUACACUAUUGGGGCAGCGUAUACCGACCGCACACAUCCUGCGAUCAAGGAUGCUACAGACGAAUUUUUCGGAUUUCGAGCCAAGGCACUUUUAGAUAUUGAGAUCGACAGUCCAACUAUAGCAACCGCGCAAGCGCUGCUCGUGAUGUCUUCACAUGAAGCAGCUCAUGCCCGUGAAUCACGUGGUUGGAUUUACUCUGGUCUGCAUCUAAAUUUAGAGCUGGAACAUUCCCGACUGGAAACCCGUGAUGGCCACGACGAAGACAUCUCCGAUCUACGCAGGAACUUGUUCUGGUCUACCAACACAAUAGAUACAAUGUGGAGUGCCUACAGCGGACGACCGUCGCUGAUGAAGCGCCUCGUCAAUAAUGUUCAGAAUCCAGUACCGUGUAGGACAUACACAUGGGAGUAUUAUACCGACGAGUACAGCAUCAUGACCUUUCCGGACGACUUUGAUUUUCACGCUGCCGCCUAUGUUCAUGUAUAUCUUGCAAAGUUAAUGAACAUCUUAGCAAGAGUGUCAGAAGUGCUGUACUCUGGCGUCCCUGACAUUUCAAGCGACAUCCAAGCCUUCGUCGCUCAAGCGGAUUCAGACUUCCAGGGAUGGCUCAAUUCCCUUCCUCCAGCGCUGCGUGUAGAUUGCUCGCCAAGUUCGUCCACAAUACCCUUGCCGGCCGUAUUAGAGCUUCAUCUCAUAUUUCAGGAAUGCAUUAUUUUAUUGCAUCGACCUCUCAUUACGCCUGCAGAAUCAGCAGCAUCACCUAUGUCCGAACAUCGAGCUGAGGACAUAGCGACUGGCUCAUCAUUCCAAAAAUGUGUGAAGUCUGCGCACCACGUCUGCCGCCUCUUGAUUCUCUUUAGGAAACGGUACGGCCUUCGCAGGCCACAUCACCAAAUAGUUCAUGUAGCAAUGACUGCCAGUCUGAUUCAUAUUUUUCAGUUGUGUAUGUUUCCCGCAGAUAGUCAAGAGAACAAGGACGCCCAGUCGGAUAUCAUGACCUGUAUGCAGGCAUUAGGAGAGAUGGGACAGACCUAUAAGAGUGCGUCCCGGGCUCUCGAUGUGGUCACAUCUCUUAGGCAGAGUUGGCAGCAUGAUACAUUUGUAGGAGAUCGGUUUAAGAGGGCAAGGCUACACUGA